GUCUUCGCGUGCAUGCCACGCAGCAACCAAGGAGGCAGGCAGGCAGGCAAGCUUGGCUUUUUCAGAAACGAACGCGGCUCGAUCUCUCUGUUUCUUCUUUCGAAUCAAUUCCUCCCAGCUCCAGUCUCUCGAUUGAUUUCCGAUAGCUUCUCCAACCUCAUAGGCAGACGUUUCUUCGUACUCUCGACUCCACCCUAAAUCGGCCCGUCAACUCCGUUACGAAUCACCUUUUUCUCGUCGAGGUUUUACCAGAGCGUACUAGUAAUACAACCAGAGCGGAGCGCAGUACAUUCUAGAAUCGCAAAUAUGGCUGGCAAGAAGGCACGGCGAAGCCCGGGGCCACUCAGGGACGGCAUGGAAGGACCGAUGCGGGCGGAGAAGCAGACAAGCCCCAUGACACCGCCGUCGCGAAUCCCUACCCCUGGGAAAAUCGCACAGCUCUCCACCCCUCAGCCUUCUGUCCCUUUCUCCACGAACAACUCUGCAUCCACCUCCGCGCACCCCGCCGCGACUCCCGCUCACACUCCUUCUCGUCUUCCCACUCCCCUCGCCGUUGCACCCCACUCGUCGUCCAAGGAAAACGAGCAUCCUACAAAUCACUUCUCCACUAUCUCCUCUCCUCACUCCCUCUCGCCUUUCGCGGCAACCUCGCCCGCCGUCUCGGCGGCAGCUACAACCCCCACGCCGUCUCUGCCGUCCCGCCGCCGAUCCCUCGGGAAGAGCACAUCGAGCUCCACCACCGGCGCCCUUUCCGCCGCUGUUGGGGGCGCCAUAGCCGCAAUUGGCGCUAGCGCUGGCACUUUCGGCGGCGGCGCCGGCGGUGCUGCCAGCCCGGGGAGUCUCUUCGGCAACGGCAGUGGUGCCGGCGGCGGCAUAGGCAGCGGCACGUGCAGUCCCGGGCAGUUUAAGUACUUCGUUGUGGACAGCUCCGGUACCCAGCAGCAGCCCGCGGCGUCGCAGUCGCACGCGCAGUCGCAGGACCAGUCGCACGCGGCGCAGCAGCCGCCGCCGCGUCGCCACAGCGGUCGCGUGGAGCGGUCGUCGCCGUCGCAGGCGAUGAUGACUCUCGCGAAGGCGAAGCGCAGUAUCAGUCUUAACUCCUCGCGAGUCGAGGGCGCUCUUAACUCUGCCGCGCUUAAUCCGCUCUUCGAAGUCCUCGCCGGCGCGCCGCGCUCCCCCGACUCGGCUGCGCACCGCGUCGCUCCCGGCUCCGGCGGUAAGGCGGCGGCUUACGGCAAGCCGGCUGCGGACCCGAAGGCGGGGAACGCGGACGCGGCUGCUGUGGCUGCUGCGGCGGCGGCGACGUCAGCGGCGGCUGCGUUUGCUGCGGCGAAGGCGGAAGCUGAGGCGGAAGAGGGGGCGGGAGAGGGGGAGGAGAAGGCGGAGAACGGAAAAGCGGAGGAAAAUGGGAGCGAGGAGGGGGUUGAGGAGAAGGGUGGGGAUGGGAGAGAAGAGCGUGGGACUAAUGGGACUGCUCCACGUGGCAGUACCGCGCUCGUCGAGGAGAAGCAAGGAGAUGCUAUGGAGGGGGAGGGCGGUGAGGAGGAGAACGAGGAGAGGUUUUUUAACGGAAAGGUCGGCGAGGGGAAGGAUGAGGGGAGCGAAACGGCCGAGGCAGGGGACGUGAAGGAGAAGGGUGUGGCAGCGACUGCGGAAGAGGCGGAAGAGGCGGAAGAGGCGGAAGAGGCGGAAGAGGCGGAAGAGGCGGAAGAGGCGGAAGAGGCGGAAGAGGCGGGGGAGACAGCGGAGGGGACAGGCGGCGGAGAGAGAGGCGCACGAGAGAGUAUUGCAGAGGCGGCGGUUGUUGAAAAGACCAGUGGUGACGUGGACGGAAGGGAAGAGGUGAGGCGCCAUUCGUACCGCCACCGCCACCACCACCGCAGCAACGUCAGCAGUGGUCGCAGCGGCCGCGGAAGCAGCUGGGCCAACGCGGGCGGAAUCUUCCGCGCCAUGUGCGCCGUUGUGCUUUCCGCGGCGUUCUUCCUCUCCGCCCACCGCCCCCACUCCGCCCUCUCCCCCGCGCUCUCCCUCCUCGAACCUGCCAGCCAGGUCUGGAAGACGUUCCUCCCUGCCUUGCCUGGAGCUUGGUUCGGCAAUGGUGAAGAGGGCGGAGGGUCCAGGUUCGGGAAUAGGCUCGGAGGCAGGCUCGGGGACGGCUGGAAGGCCGUUGCUGGCCGAACCUCGGUGCUUUGGGAAGUGAGCGGGCAGCAGCCAAUGGGAGCGUUCCAAGGGAUGAGCUGGGCGGCACUGGUUGGCGGGAAGCGAGGAGGAGAUACGUCGGAAGUUGGGGUGGUAACUUCAUUUGAAGUUUUGUCGGGUGUUUUUGAGAAUUCUCAAAACCACCCUGAUUCCUCGUGUGAGACUCAGCUUGCUGCUGCUGAGCAGGCCUCAGAUCACGCGAUGGUGCAACAAACUGGUAACUCUCUGGUUACCACAGCUUCGGACACUGAGAAACGUUCCGAGAGAAAUCCUGAGCUGGUUACGGAGCAACAGCCUGCGAGUGUUACAGAGGUAGGGACAGCGGUCGAAGCUGCUGCUGUGGUUACCAAGCCAGGCUCUGAGAUGGACGCUCCGACUGCUGCUGAGGCUCGGGAAGCCACUUCGUAUGGUGCUGACGUGGAUAAUGCUGACGUGGUCGUGAUGGAAGGUGAGGAGGGCGUGAUAGAGUCGGAGGAACGAUUCAGGAAAGUAUCUCAGGAUUCCGAGACAGCGUACGGGAAUGCUGGUGAGAGCUCACCGUCAGCCGCACAUGAGUGCUCUGCUGCUGCUGAAGUGGUUACCAGUGAGGUGGUUACCAGUGAGGUGGUUACCACUGCAGAGCAAGUGGCUGAACUUCCAAUGGAGCCCAGCGCCACAGCCACUGCUACAGCCGAGGAAGUGGACAUGGCAACGACUCUGACAGGAGCCGAGGCUACAGACGCAGCUACAGCUGACGAGGUGGAGGAGGCACGGUCCCUGCCAGAAGCAGAGGCUACAGCCGGUGAGGUAGAGGAGGCUACAGCCGCAGCUACAGCUAAUGGGGUGGAGGAGGGGAGGUCCCUGCCGGAAGCGGAGGAGAUGGCAUGGGAGGCAGAGGAAGCGGCGCAGCAGCUUAGAUCCGAUGCUUCAGCUACAACUGCCACGGCUACAGCUGCAGUUGGUGAGGUGGAGAGCAAACCCCUUCCAGAAGCAGAGGAGCUGGCAUGGGAGGCAGAGGAAGCGGAGCAGCAGCAACAGAUGGUGAUGACUGCUGUUGCUGCAGUGGCAGCUGCUGCCGCGGUGACUGCCGCCGCCAGUGCCGUUUUCCUGCGCUCUCGCACCUCACCUCCAUCUGCUGCUGGGGUAGGACCGGCCACAUCAGGCCCGGCUGCAUCUGGCCAGGCUGCUUCCCACCCUGCUUUCUCCCAUGGCCUAACUGCUUCGCACGGCGGCCCCACUGCCUCUGCUGCUGCUGCUGCCCGCAGGCAGAGCUUCAGCGGUCAGUCCUGGGGUGCUGCUGCUGGUGGUGCUGGCGCUGCUGCUAGCGGUGGUAAUGGCGAUGCUAGCGCUGGUGCUUGUGCUGCUCCUGCUGCAAGUGGUGGCAGAGCCGGUAGCUUUCUGGAGCCCCACCAGCAGCACUCCUGGCAGCAGCAGCAGCAGCAGCAGCAGCAGGCAGGAAUGGCAUGGCAGGCACCAGCAGUGAGUGGGGCAGGAGGGGUGGACGGAGGCUGGACGCUCAGCGAAGGGGCCAGGCUCGGGCGAACAGCCGGACCUGGGUUCAGCUCCGGCGCCGCCAGGCCUGCAGGCUCGGCAAUCUCCGGGCUGAGGCCCGGGAACCAAGGCAUGGAGUCUGUAUGUGAGAGCACGAGCAACUACCAUGGACCGCAUGGGGGGAGAGUUGGCGGAGUGGGGGAGACGGCAAGGAGGCAGCAAGUGCUACAGGCGCAGCAGCAGCAAUGGCAGCAGAUGAGGCUGGGAAGGCAGGCAGGAGGCAUGGGAGGCAUGGGAGGCAUGGGAGGCAUGGGAGGAGGAAUGGUGGCUGUGGGGGAUGUGCUGGUGGCGGUGGGAGGCGAUGGGGAUGGGGGCGCGGAUGGGGCCAUGAGGUCCCCAGAGGUGAAGGAGUAUGGCCGGUACAACGCAUUCAAGCCUGUGGUCGUUAAAGAGGGCGCGGAGCAGCAAGUGGUGCUGACCCCUGUGAAGCGCUCCAGCCGCAUCCGCAUGUCCAUGAGUGGCGCCACUCCCUCAGCCAGUGCAUACUCGCAGCCCACCAGCAGCUAUGCCGGGGGUGUGAACCACGGGGUUGUCAACAGGCCCUGAGGCCAUGUUACCAUCUGGUGCUGUUACUGUUGGUAACAUCCGCAUGACCAUGAGUGGCGCCACUCCCUCGGCCAGUGCAUACUCGCAGCCCACCAGCAGCUAUGCGGGGGGGGGUGAAUCAUGGUGUGGUGAACAGGCCGUGAAUGGCACCAUCAUCGAUUGAUGCGCAUUGCCAUGCAGGCUCAUGAAUCUGGCAUGUCGGUGCAGGACGUUUGAGAAUUGUUAGAAAUCUCAAAAAUCACCUACUGUGCCGGGGAGUCCGGGUCCGGGGUAACUUGCUGUGGGAGGGAUGGGGUAGGUUAUAGGUAUGUAGAGAAAUUAUGGGCUACUGAAGUCUAGGAGUUGGUGCAAGGACCUCGCUUGCUUUUGAGACACCUCAAAAGCGCGCCCUUUUGUUGUGCAAGGUCGGGUAGGUAUAUACUAUUAUCUUAUGUAGGCUUUACUACUUAUCGCCAACAACA